GGGUUAUCUCCUCCGAUUCCGAUAUUACUUUUGCUUUCCAAUUUCUCUUUUGCUUUGAGAGAGAAGUUGCAGAAGAGUGUUAAUUCAUCCCUAGCUCUUGCAAUUAGUAGAGAGUUUUCGAUAGCGCAAGUCUAAGAAGCUGCUCGAUUCGGACGAACUGGUGCUAGUUUGCAACUAGAGAGAGAGAUGGCUCCAACUCCCGAUCCCAACAGUGUCGGAGGCGGUGCGAAGCAGGAUGAAGCUCCCGUGAAGGUUCCGUCGAAGGAUCCCAAGAAGAAGGACGAGAAAAAGGAAGAGGACCUGUCUGAAGAGGACUUGGAACUAAAGCAGAACCUUGAGCUCUAUGUCGAGAGGGUUCAGGAUCCCAAUCCGGAGCUGCAGAGGGAUGCACUUGAAAGGAUGAGGUUGAUUGGAACAGAGGGUGACAUUGGAUCGUGGGGUCACGAGUAUGUCAGGAAUUUAGCUGGAGAGAUUGCGCAAGAGUAUACAAAGCGUCAGAGUGAGGAGGCCCCAAUUGACGAUUUAAUGGACCUUGUACAGCAAAUUGUUGCUUUUCACAUGAAGCAUAAUGCAGAAACCGAAGCUGUUGACCUUCUAAUGGAUGUGGAGGAUCUGGAUCUCUUACUUGAGCAUGUAGACAAAACAAAUUUCAAGAGGACAUGCAACUAUCUCACAAGUGCAGCAAAGUACCUUCCUGGACCAGAUGACAUGUUGGUUCUAGAUAUUUCCUACAUGAUUUACAUGAAAUUUGAAGAAUAUCCAAACGCUCUGCAGAUUGCAUUAUUUCUUGAUAACACGCAGUAUGUUAAACAAGUAUUUACCUCAUGUGCUGAUCUGCUAAGGAAGAAACAGUUUUGCUACAUGAUCGCUCGUCAUGGUAUAACCUUUGACCUUGACGAUGAGAUGGUUGCAGAUGACGAUGACCGAGAAGCCCUACAGGAUAUUGUUAACAACACUAAGUUAAGUGAAGGAUUUCUAACUCUUGCUAGGGAUAUUGAGGUCAUGGAGGCCAAAACACCUGAAGACAUCUACAAGGCUCACUUGCUCGAUGGCAGGGCCAGCUCUGGUGCAAGCGUGGAUUCUGCUAGACAGAACUUGGCUGCUACCUUUGUCAAUGCAUUUGUAAAUGCUGGUUUUGGUCAGGACAAACUAAUGACAGUACCUUCAGACUCAACCACCGGAUCUUCUGGAAAUUGGCUCUUCAAAAAUAAAGAACAUGGAAAGACUAGUGCAGCUGCUAGUCUGGGUAUGAUUCAACUGUGGGAUGUGGACGCGGGACUUGCCCAACUCGACAAAUAUUUCCAUAGUAAUGAUAAUCCUAUCAUUGCUGGAGCACUGCUGGGAGUUGGGAUUGUAAAUUGUGGCAUUAAGAACGAUUGUGAUCCUGCAUUGGCACUUCUUGGAGACUAUAUAGACAAAGAGGAUUCAUCUGUCAGAAUUGGUGCUAUCAUGGGUCUUGGAAUUGCAUACGCAGGUUCCCAAAAUGACCAGAUAAGAAGCAAGUUGUCGCCGAUUCUGAAUGAUGCGAAAGCACCUCUCGAUGUGAUUGCAUUUGCUUCACUUUCUUUGGGAAUGAUCUAUGUUGGUUCCUGUAAUGAAGAAGUAGCACAGUCUAUAAUAUUUGCAUUGAUGGAUCGAAGUGAGGCAGAACUGGGAGAUGCCCUCACUCGUUUCUUGCCACUUGGCCUUGGACUUCUAUACCUGGGCAAACAGGAAAGUGUAGAGGCUACAGCUGAAGUUUCAAAGACGUUCAAUGAGAAGAUUAGAAAGUACUGUGAUAUGACACUUCUUUCCUGUGCUUAUGCUGGAACUGGGAAUGUCCUUAAGGUCCAAGACCUUCUUGCUCAGUGUGGAGAGCAUCUUGAGAAAGGUGACAUCCACCAGGGCCCAGCUGUGCUUGGAUUAGCGAUGGUUGCUAUGUCUGAAGAACUGGGCAUUGAUAUGGAGAUCCGUUCUUUGGAGCGGAUGCUACAAUACGGAGAACAAAACAUUAGGCGUGCUGUGCCUUUGGCCCUCGGUCUGCUAUGUAUAUCAAACCCAAAGGUGACUGUAGUGGACACCUUGAGCCGGCUUAGCCAUGACACAGAUUCGGAAGUUGCCAUGGCAGCAAUCAUAUCAUUGGGACUGAUUGGUGCUGGAACUAAUAACGCAAGGAUAGCCGGGAUGCUUCGGAACCUGUCGAGCUAUUAUUACAAGGACGCCAGUCUCCUCUUCUGUGUGCGUAUUGCGCAAGGGCUGGUACACAUGGGAAAGGGUCUCAUGACACUCACCCCCUUCCACUCUGAACGGUUCUUGCUAUCGCCAACCGCACUUGCUGGUAUAGUUACACUCUUGCAUGCAUGCCUCGACAUGAAGCCAAUCAUACUCGGGAAGUACCAUUAUGUGCUUUACUUCCUCGUUUUGGCAAUGCAACCAAGGAUGAUGUUGACAGUGGACAAAGACCUGAAGCCACUGUCGGUGCCAGUGCGGGUAGGACAAGCAGUGGAUGUAGUUGGACAAGCGGGUCGGCCCAAGACCAUAACCGGUUUCCAGACACACUCGACACCUGUUCUCCUGGCGGCUGGUGAGAGAGCCGAGCUAGCCACCGACAAAUACAUUCCUCUUUCGCCGAUACUGGAAGGGUUCAUCAUUUUGAAGGAGAAUCCAGACUACAGAGAGGAGUGAAGAGAAUAAAUACGGUUAAUUUGGAAAGUUGACAACUUUUGCGAGACCACAACAAAGAGACUAGACCGGCCUUUGUGCUAUGCUAUGCAUUCUCAGUUAUCUCUAGAUUUUAACGUGUUUAUUGUUUCGUCUAUGUUCCUCAUAUCUUCUCAUAUAAAUGUUCUGUCUCCGUUUAAGCCUAUUUCAUCGUCUUGGGAUCUUUUUGUAUAACGUUAAUCAUCGUCUUGGGAAUUUUAAAGUCUGUUUUUGUAUGUUUUAUUUUGUAAUUGUAAGUCGUCACACACACAUCCUGAGACCUAAUCAACUCGGUGGUGACCUACAAAAAAAUCGUAAAA